AUGGCAUCUUUAAUGCGAGCAGUUAGGUUCCACAAAAUAGGUGAUAUCAAUAAUCUGACUGUAGAUUUGAUUCCGCUACCAAUACGACAACCAAAUGAAUUAUUGAUUAAGAUUAACGCAUCGGCGGUGAAUCCGAGCGACUACAAGAAUGUCGAAGGCCUCUUUCCAUUUACCACUACCCCUCGUGUACCAGGACGCGAUUUCUGUG